AGUGUGAACAUCUACAGGCAAUGAUCACCGCGGGAUUAGAAGAAAUAAGACUGUUAUUUAGAACUGGCAUAGGCAUGGAAACUGCAUCAGCUAUAACCAUAUUAGAUCCUACAAAGGAUUCUUGGUGUGAAACUGGCAUCUGUAUGAUUAAUUUAUGGCAAAUGUCAACAUCUAAGGUUGUAAUAGGAUAUCCAACUAAGGCUAUACCGAAGAAAAUUGGUAAAGAUUGGAUAAUACCAUUUGAUAAGUUUUAUUGGUUAAAAUGGAACAAUAUGUCAUAUUAUGUGCCUAGUGAAGCCACUUAUGCGAUAGGUAAAACAACUGUUAUAGCUUAUGAUCUUUUCUCAGAUGAACCUAGGACUUCUGAUAUAACUAUAUCUAUGCCUCAAGCUACUUUGUUAGAUCUUGGGAAUUUUAAUAUGUUGUCUUGUUAUCCUGAACCGUACAUGGUUCAACGAUGGCAAAACAUUUCUUAUAGUGAUUCUUUGAGUCUGAAUGCUGGUUGCCAUAUACAUACUAAUGUCAUGAUGAUGGAACAUAUGAAUUUGACCGUUCAGAAACAUCUUUUUAGGAGUUUGAAUUUUACUAACACGAGAAAUGUACGAGUCCUGACUCAGGUGGUUUAUUUGUCUAAUCAUACUUUUGGGCUACAUACUUUUGUACCCCAGCCACCUCUGUCGGAAGAAUAUAAACAUAUGAUGAAGGCGACGGAGGCAGCUAAGUCCAUUUAUGCUUCAUUGGGAAAGGAAAUUGAGACAGUACAUAAUCAAACUACUGAACUUCUCCAAAGAUUCUCAGGAGAAACUCAUAAAGUUAAAAUGUUGGUUGAUUCCGGAUACUUGAUUCCGCGUGACUUUCAGUAUACUUAUGAUUGUAGUUUUGUAGGUUUCUUUAGAAAAUUAGUUCAUGCAGAUAUUAGUUGCAUUAUGAGAUGGAACCCUUUCCAUUGGCUUAAGGAAGGAUUGCUAUAUGUAUGUUGUUUUGUAUUAUUUGUAUUAUGCAUUAAGAUUUGUCUAAAGAUUAAUAAGUCUGCAGGAAAGAGAACUUACAUUAAAAUGGAUAAACUUCAACAUUACAGGGACCAUGAAGCGAAAGGCACUAAGGAAAUUAAAUCCAAGAAGGAAAAGGACGGAAAGAUCGAGGAAUUAUUCUGAACAGUUGCACUAUGCAAAUUGUCAUCUUUGCAUCGAAUUUCAUAAUUUCUUGAGGAACUAUGUCUGUGGACCAGAUAAUCAUCAAACGGAUAUUAGGACGCAAGCUGAGGAACGACCUAUUAUUCAGGAAGGACCGGAUGACUCCAAUUCCGAUGUUCUCUGAAAAAGAUGUUAAUUAUCCAUUUAUGAUAGUUCACAAUUUGGUGAUAGAUUUGGAUCUAGUAAAGGAUUUGGAUUUGGACCUUUAUUUACGAUUGAAACAACUUUUCGUUCCAAGAGUGAAAGCUCCCUUCUGCUGUGAGUUUCGUGCUAUGCUUCAGCCUUUUCUGCACUCCUGUGUGGUCGGUGGCUGCAUGGAUGCCGUGGAUUGCAUCUUCCAAUCUGAAGAUUGGUUUGCAGGGCCGCGACAGCCCAUACGUUUCCCCGAGGACGGGCAACUUCCGAAUGGACGACCUAAGACAGGGGACCGUACUUGUCGCUUUGAUACAUCGGCACCAUCAGUACCAUCGGCGCCUCCGUAUCAAGGGGGUGGAAUGACAGGAGUAAACAUCAAGGAUGAACAAACAACAUGAAUCAGCAAAAGGACUUGUUUUGGACUUGUUUUGGACUUUGCAGUGACUAAGUAACUUUUUAGUUGUAAACAUGUUUUGGUUAUAGGAUGACUAGAUAGUAUGCCCAUGUUAGAUAAGUUGAUGAUGUAACUAGGUAGUGUGCUUAUGUUAGAUAAGUUAGACAUAAACAAGUUUGUUGUAAACAUAUAGAGUAUAUAAGCGCGAGGGAAACUCCAUGUAUUUGCUCACAAUCAACUCUCAUCGCCUGAGAGUAAGAUCGUGCAGUGUGAGCCAGUCACCUCGUGUAUUGCUUUGUGUGGUGUGCGAAUAAACCAGCAUUUCAAAAGGCAAUCGAGUUCGUGCUUGGUGUUCGCGUACGUCGCGGUCCGGGGUCCAGUGCAGAUAUCCGGAAGGGAACUCCUGGUAACCA